AAUCACAAUCAAUUGAAAAUUUCAAUGUGAAAUUCCAUUAAAUUCUCCACAAGAUUUAUAUUCGAGAAGAUGCGGCCCGAAAUUCGUUAGCCCUAAUAGUAUGAAUUUAGCUUCAAGAAUUGGAGAAAAGUUUAUUUUUCGUUGAGCUAGUUAAAAUACUGGUUUUGGAAAUGUUGUAGAUAGUACGGUGAAUGUUAAGGACAAUGUGCAAGGUGGUGAAGAAGCAAUUGUUUUAAAUAUGGUUGAUGUUGUGGAUGAAGCACAGGACAGGGAUGGCCAGAAAGCUAGUUCUCCUAAAAGAUCCCUUGCAGGAAAUGGAGGGGAUAACUUUGAGCCACAUGAUAGUGUUGAAUUUGAAUCGCAUGAGGCAGCAUAUUCGUUUUAUCAAGAGUAUGCCAAGUCGAAGGGGUUCACCACCUCAAUAAAAAACAGUCGUCGCUCAAAGAAAACCAAAGAAUUCAUUGACGCUAAAUUUGCAUGUUCAAGAUAUGGAAUCGCACCAGAAUCAGAUAGCAGUAGUAGUAGACGUCCAAGUGUGAGAAAGACGGAUUGUAAAGCCAGCAUGCAUGUGAAGAGAAAUCGAGAUGGAAAUUGGUAUAUCCAUGAAUUUAUAAAGGAGCACAAUCACGAGCUAUUACCUGCCUUAGCGUAUCAUUUCCAAAUUCAUAAGAAUGUUAAAUUAGCUGAAAAGAAUAAUAUUGACAUUUUGCACGCGGUUAGUGAACGGACAAGAAAGAUGUAUGUUGAGAUGUAUAAACAAUCUGGUGGACUUCAAAAUCUAGGCAUCAUAAAGAAUGAAUUUGAUCAUCAAUUUGAUAAAGGUAGGUACUUGGAAUUAGAAGAGGGGGAUGCAACAUUCAUGCUCAAUUAUCUUAUGCGAUUCCAAAAACAGUAUCCUAGUUUCUUUUAUGCAGUUGAUUUGAAUGAAGAUCAGGUUCUGAGAAACUUGUUCUGGGUUGAUGCCAAAAACAGGAAAGACUAUAUCAGCUUCAAUGAUGUUGUUUUAUUGGAUACCAGUUAUAUGAAAAGCAAUGAGAAGAUGUCAUUUGCUCCAUUUGUAGGGGUGAACCAUCAUUUUCAGCCCAUGUUGCUUGGGUGUGCCUUGUUGGCAGAUGAAACUAGACCAACAUUUGUCUGGUUAAUGAAGACUUGGCUCAGAGCAAUGGGUGGGCAAGCUCCUAAAGUCAUAAUCACUGAUCAAGACAAAGCUCUGAAAUCAGCUAUUGAAGAAGUUUUCCCGUAUUCACGUCAUUGCUUUUCUCUUUGGCAUAUACUGGAAAGAAUCCCUGAAACUCUUGCUCAUGUAAUCAAGCAGCACAAAAAUUUUAUGAAAAAAUUCAAUAAAUGCAUAUUCAAGUCAUUGACGGAUGAAAAGUUUGACAUGAGGUGGUGGAAGAUGGUCAGCAGAUUUGAACUGCAAGACAAUGAAUGGUUUCAUUCAUUAUAUGUAGACCGCAAAAAGUGGGUUCCCACCUUUAUGAGGAAUACUUUUUUGGCUGGAUUGUCUACAACUCAGCGAAAUGAAAGUGUCAUCUCUUUCUUUGAUAAAUACAUUCACAGGAAAAUCAGUCUGAAAGAAUUUGCGAAACAAUACGGUAUGAUACUUAAAAAUAGGUUUGAAGAGGAAGAGUUAGCAGACUUUGAUACUAACCACAAACAGCCAGCGCUAAAGUCGCCUUCUCCUUGGGAAAAACAAAUGUCGAGCAUUUUUACACACACAAUAUUCAAGAAAUUUCAAGUUGAGGUUUUGGGGGUGAUAGGUUGCCAUCCUAAGAAGGAAAGUGAGAAUGGAACUCAUAUUACUUUCAGAGUUAAUGACUGCGAAAAGACAGAGAAUUUUAUGGUUACAUGGAAUGAGGCAAAUUCAGAGGUUUCUUGUUCAUGCUUUCUGUUUGAAUAUAAAGGUUUUCUUUGCAGACAUUCAAUGAUUGUCCUUCAAAUGUGUGGCCUUUCAAGCAUCCCAUCUCAAUAUAUUAUGAAGAGGUGGACGAAAGAUGCCAAAAACAGUCAUUCGUUGAUAGAGGGAACCGAAAGAACACAAACUAGGGUGCAGAAGUACAAUGAUAUAUGCAAACGUGCUAUUGAAUUGGCUGAAGAAGGUUCAAGAUCUGAGGAGAGUUACAGUAUAGCUUAUCGUGCAUUAGGUGAAGCACUGAAGAACUGUGUGAAUGUUAACAGAAGUGCUGCUGAUUAUAGCAGCAAUGCUACUUCUCUUUGUUGUGCUGAAGAAGAGAAUCAGAUAGUCCAGGCUACCAAAACAAAUAAGAAGAAGAGUACAAACAAGAAAAGAAAGUUACAAUCAGAGCCAGGAGCUAUAGUUGUUGAGGCUCAAGGCAGCUUGCAAGAAAUGGUAAGUUAUACAGUAACCUAGACAGUCCUUGUGAAA